AGCUUGCCUCCAACCAUCAUGAACCUUGCCUGUGCCCUCCCUUCUUCUCUCUCGUCCUCAACCUCCCUCUCGCCAUGGGCAAUACAACACUGGGCAUACAGCCCUGCUGCGCCCACCGACGCUGCGCGCCAUGGGACUGAUAGGCAUUGAUUCGACCUGGACCUGAUCACAGCGACACCAUCCUCCGCGGAAGACACCCGCCGCACCUUGCCUCCUACCAUCAUCUCUACACAGCGAGCGCGCAUACCAUGAAGGCUGCUUUUCUGGUUGCGCUCGUCUCUGCGCUCGUCAGUGCGCAAGACGCGCAGUUGCCGCUCGCCAGUGACCGCUGCGCGAGGAUGACCGAAGGCGACAAGCUUCGCCUGCGCGCCGAGGGCUACGAUUUCAUGGACAUCACGAACCACCAGGACCUUGGCUCCAUACGCCGCGCGCUUCCGCCUGCGCAGCUACCUAGCGCGCUGCCAGAGAUCUCCGUCGACGCGCUGAGUGAGAUCGUCAGAUUGACGGAUGGCCUCGCCGACUACACCCAAAUGCAAGACGACCUCGGCAACCUCACCUCCUUCUGGACGCGCAGCUAUCGUAGCUUGUGGGGCGCGCGGAGCAGCGAUUGGCUGUAUGGAUAUGUGGGCGAGAUCGUCAAACCUGCCGACCCCUCCGUCAACAUCACCAUCCGCCGCUUCGCGCACUCCUUCCCACAGAAGUCGCUCCUCGUCCGACUGGAGAGUGCUACCGAUGACGCGCAUAACGCGGAAGACCCCCGCCUUAUCAUCAUCGGCGCGCACCAGGACUCGCUGAACUACAAGCUGCCCUUCUACCGCGCUCCUGGUGCGGACGAUGAUGGGAGCGGGACGGUCGCGUUACUACAGAUUCUGCGGACGUUGGUGAGGAAGUCCUUCACCCCGCCCGCGGGCAUUGCCGUGGAACUGCACUGGUACGCGGCAGAGGAAGGCGGUCUGUUGGGCAGUCAGGACGUCGCGGCGGAGUACGAGCGCGAGGGGAAGGAGGUAAUUGGGAUGUUGCAGAUGGAUGGCCUCGCCGUUGUCAAGCAUGGCGUCGAGCCCAAAAUUGGUCUCUUCCAAGAUGAAGUGGACAAGGGGCUGUUGGACUAUGUGACGGGGCUGAUCGAUGCCUACCUCUCCGUCCCUUGGGCCCUCACUGGCUGCGGCAAGCGCUGCGGCUCGGACCACAUGAGCUGGACGCGCGCGGGAUACCGCGCGGCGUAUGUGUGCGAGGGGUUGUUUGAAGAAAUGGGCGAAGGCUACCAUACCGUCAAUGACACUAUCGACCUACUUGAGGGAGAGUACAGCUUCGAGCAUCUGCAGCGGUUCGUCAAGUUGGGUAUAACCUUCAUCGUCGAGCUGUCGACCUCUUCUGCGAGCUUGGCCUGAGUUGAGAUGUGUGGGAUCGGCCGGAAAUGUACAAUACAACUAGGUCAGAAUUAUGAUCAUGACCCUGAGCAAUACAGAAAUCUGUGUGCUGUCCUCUCUACCAAUGAUACUCUGGGCGAUACUGUAUCAGGC